AUGGCUACAGUCACUGAGUGCAUGCAUGCGAACUUUGAUUUGGAACCAUUUAGCGCCACCAAUUUCUAUGAAACUGACCCAAAAACAACUUUAACGAUGACACAAUUGAAUACCUUUAAUGAACACAACCAUCCUCUUCUCCAAAACAAUACAACGAAGAACAUAUCCGAUACUUUUGUCGAAAAAUAUAAAUCUGAACUUCGCUAUCUUCAAAAUCCUGUUAAAAAAUGGGCAAAUUUACGGCCGGAAUAUUGGACAUCGUACGACGUGAUUGACUGGUUGUAUUAUUUUGCCGAUCUGAAUGGUAUCGAUUGUAGUGUGUUCAGAGCGGAAGCUUUCCAAGACAAAAAUGGUCAAGAUUUGUGCCUUAUGAACCAAGACCAAUUCGAAGAGUUGGAUCCAAUUUACGGCAAACAAAUCUAUGACACUUUUCAACAUAUUCUUCAUUCAUGUUCAGAGACGCGUUUACCAUUGUUGAACACCCGAAUUAUCACUUCUCCAGAGAAUUCUUAUACGGAUCUUCUAAAUGCGAAUAAUUUUACAGAUCCCAUUUCCAUGUUAGGAAGUCAUAACCUUAACAACCAGGCGACACUGGUAUACAACCAGAAUAAAACACCCAGUACCAAGUGGAUUAAUCCUGUCUACACCAACAAUAGUUAUGUCCACAAACUGGAACCGAGAACCCACACAGAAGAAUACGACAGUACAGGAUCAGAAUCAGUGCAAAGUUCCACCUAUUCUUCUUCUUCAUCAGGAGAAUGCAGUCCACAGUAUUGCCCUCCACACAGCAUUGCAUCAACGCCGCAUGUCUACUGUUCUUCAGUGUCUAACGAUUAUACCUACCAUGCAAAUCCUAACAGUACGAUCUCUCAAGACAUUUCAAAUCAAACCAACAAACGCAGCGUCAUCGCCUCAAAUUCCACCGCCGUCUCUGAACGAAGACAAACGAGAGGAAGGCGUUCUGGUCAAGGAUCAAAAGGAACUCACCUCUGGGAGUUCAUCCGGGACCUUUUGCACGAUGAGAAAUUUUGUCCGGGUUUAAUAAAAUGGGAAGAUCCAAAUAUGGGUGUAUUCCGAUUUGUCCAAUCAGAAGCCGUCGCUCAGAUGUGGGGGAAAAAGAAAAAUAACACAUCAAUGACAUACGAAAAACUUUCACGUGCCAUGAGGUUCUGCAGAAGUGCAGGAUACUUCGACUCUCUUCCAAAAGCGAGUGAAGAACAUUUCUCAAAUAUUAGGUAUUACUACAAACGAGAGAUUCUUGUUCGUGUUGAUGGCCGGAGAUUGGUGUACAGAUUUGGUCCUCGGUCUUAUGGCUGGAAAAAAAAUGUGCGUCAACUCUAA